AUGUGGAUAUUUGGAUAUGGGUCACUCGUGUGGAAGGCAGAUUUCAAAUUUGAAUACAAGGUAGUAGGUUACAUAAAAGGUUAUUUACGCCGAUUUUACCAACACAGCAUUGACCACCGAGGUGUACCUGAGAAACCAGGCAGAGUAGUGACCCUAAUACAAAGCAAUGACCCAAACAGUAAAGUAUGGGGUGUAGCUUACAAAAUAAGAUCUGAAGAUGCAGCUCAAGUUUCCCAACACUUGGACUUCAGAGAGAAGAAUGGAUACAGCAAGAAAACUGUCACAUUCCAUCCUAAAGAUAAUAUAGAACCAUUCCAGUUGACUUUGUAUGUCGCAACGGAAGAUAAUGAAUCUUAUGCAGGUGAAGCAUCGAUAGAGGAGAUAGCAAAACAGGUGUUAAGCUGUCAGGGUCCUAGUGGAACCAACAAGGAGUAUUUGUACAAUUUAGCGGCCGCCAUGAGGGAACUAGCUCCUGAUGUUGAAGAUGACCACCUGUUCUCACUAGAAGCAGCUGUACGGAGACUGGAUACAAAUACCAAAAAGACUUGA